AUGAGUUAUUAUCCUUUAUCUAUUGUGCUUAAGGAACUUGAGGGUCCGCUGAGUUUGGUUCCCCUCCUUCGAAGUUUACACCAUGACCAUCAACUUUUGAAGUCUGCAUCUAAAUCCGACCUCAACCAUUUGGUAUCAAGAACACUUAACCUCUGUCGAUCUCCUAACCCAUACCUUAAAUGGUGUGGUAUAAACGUGGUUUAUGUCAUAUGUGACGAUUAUACCGUCUUGGCCUCUGAAGGAACCAAUUUACUCGGUCAACUUAUCAAAAUAACCGAGUCCUAUAACUCCACCAUUGACUUAAAGAUCUUCACCAGUUGUAUUGACGCUAUCAAUAAGAUAUGUGAUAACAUUAGAGGGAAACCCACGUUGACCAGAGAAAUCUUGACGCCCAAGUUGCCCACCAUCAUCAGUUUAUAUUUAGAGAAGUUACACCAUCAACCCUUGCUUGUGGUCAAUUCAUUGACCAAAUUAAUCACCAGACAUCCAACCACUUAUAGAACGUUUGGUAACAAGACAAAGGUGAAGUUGCUCAAUAUGCUUUCGUCGUCGUAUACGUUGCCCUCGGACUUAAGAAGCGCCAUCAUGUCAACCAUUGCUGCGUUGCCCUGUAUUGAAAAGACUGAGCCUGAACAAGUUUGGGAAUCCAAUGUGCGAGAUGCUAUUAGGGAAUUAAAGUCCGUUAUUGAAAUCUAUGGAGAGUUUUUAAUCUUUGAAGAAGAUCAAGACUUGAAAUCGUUAAUGGAGAAGCUUCCUAGAACUGACGCCUCUCAAACGAUGCUAUUGCCUGCGUUAGCAAUUGAUGUAAAUGAAGGGUUAACCUUAUUCCAAUUGUCUACCAGAAUAUCCAUAUUAUUUGAGUUAUUGACGGCUUAUACCACUACUGAAACACAGUUCACAGUUAAGGUUCCCAUUGGACAGUUAAUCACAUGUAUUGAAACGGUUAUCUCCAUCAGUACCAAGUUCUUAAAGUUCAAAGGUGAUGUUCGAGACCAUACCAUAAAAGAAAUCAUCAAUUGUACUCUUAGAACCAACCAUGAGGCUGCCAUGAAGUUCUUGAGCCAAUUAUGUCGUUCGUAUGGAGGAAGCAUAUUGCCGUUCUUUAAUGAUAUAUUGGGCUUUUUGGAGUUUGUGGUGCCUUUUAAGGAUAAUACCAUUAAUUAUCUGGAACUCUUGGCCAAUGAACUGUUAUACUUGACUCUUUUGGAAACUGUCACUACUUUGCUUGACCUUACAGACAAUUUAGGAGACUCUUCCCAAUUGAUAAGGUUUGUGGAUAUGGCCCUCAUACUUGUUGAACCAAGAAGUGAACCUGAACCUACUAACAAGGCGAACACUAAUGCUAAUGCUAAUGGUAAUUUCAAAAAGAAUAAGAAGAAGAAUAACAAUUCUGCUGCACUUUCUGAUCUUCUCUCACAUAAGAACUUAUUCAACAAUUGCAUUCCACCCCAAACUCUUCAAGGGGUUAGAAGACUAUUUAAUGUCCUUAUUCCAAAGGUAAACCUUCCUCCAACUCAACACUAUAAAAUAAUUAGAUACAUUAUAGUUGAAGCAGUGAACACCAGGAGUACCAACCAAGAACACAAAGUAUCGGAAGACCUUAUUAAGCUUUUGGAAUGUGCAUUAUUAAACCCGGGCUUUGAAACAGUGUCAAUACUUCCUAUAGUGUCUUCGAUCUUGCCUCAAGAUUCAUUGAUUAGUUUGUUUAACAGUCCAAGGUUCCCUCCUUUACCUCAGUAUGUGAAGCAAAUCCCAUUGGAGAAAGAGCAAGACUAUGAGCAAGACUAUGAGCAAGAUCAACCUACAUUAAAGAGAAGAACAGAAAACGAAACAGAAGACAGUUCAGAUGACGUCAUUCCAGACUCUAAACGUGCAAAGAUUGAGCCUACUGAACCCGUUAAGACGACUGUUGUGGAGGUCAAUAGCGAAUUAGUGUUCCAACCUCCGGAUCCUAAUCAAGUAAUGCUGUUUGCUACUGCCGAAACGACUGAAGAGACUUCAGUUCCAGCUUUAGUUCCGGCUUCAGCUCCAGCUUUAGUUUCGGCUUCAGUUCCGGCUUCAGUUCCAGCCGCUGUUCCAGUCUCAGUUCCAGCUACUACAGCAAAGCCCACUCCUUCUCAAGCAGUAGACAUUAACGAGUCUGAUUCUGACUUUGAAAUGCCAUUGCUUGAUGGAGGCGACGACUCUGAUGAAGAAUAA